GAAAAUUUCCCUGCGCAUAGACUAGAAGCCUACGGAAGUUUUACGCUACAUGUUCACCAUCUUUGUGUAAACUUUCUGGCUAUCAAUGGAAAGCUUCUUCUACUCCUAUUAAUCAGAUCUUAUACAUUAUAGAGUAGAAAUAGGGACUAACAAUUGGUAUCAGAGCCGAGCGUGUGACCGAUUGAAGUUUCUGCAAAUUUAUCGAUCGAUUGAAGAGAGAAGAAAACUCUUGCGCGAAACUCAUCGACGAAGUUUUUGCUUGUUGAGCGAUCUUCUGUUCUAUUUUUGUUGUUAUUUUUGCAGGAAAAUGUUUACAGGAAAGUGUUUCUAGGAUUGCAAGGAUUCAUUCUGUGAAAAAUCGCAUCCAGAACUUUGGCGUACAGGUUAAGCAGGAGUUGAGCGAUCCUGCAUCUUCGCGCAUCUUUUUCAGGAGUUGAGCGAUCCUGAAAAAUCGCGCAAUUCUACUUUAGCGAUUUGGAGACUUGAGCGAUCAACACUGAGCGAUCUUCAGCGUUGCACAAAACCAUUUGUGGUGCGGGAAAACAAAGUUGCGCGAUUAACAGGUUGAACAAAAAAAAGGGGGCCUCCUGAGCGGUUUGGCUUUGAGCAAACUCCUGCUCGAUCUACUCCUUGCGCGAAGACGAGCGAAGUUUAGUUGCGCAAAAACAGGACUUGCGCGAUCUUCUGUAGCUAAAUGACCUGCGCGAUUCGCGAUCUUCUGUAGCUAAAUGACCUGCGCGAUUCUCCAGUUGCGAGAUUUUCUUUGUUGUUGCGCGAUCCAGGUGCGAAUCAGACUUGCGCGAUCUUAGUCGUCGCGCGAUUUGUUUGAUCUUACUCUGUUGCGCGAUCAGGUGUUGUUGCGCGAUUCUUUACUUGCGCGAACUUAGUACCACCCGGGAGCAAAUUUAAUAAUUUAAAAAAAAAAAAAAAUGCAAAGGAAGGAGAGGCAAAAUUGUCUUUUGUGACCUGCGGAAUUUUACGGCUAUCGUGUCCGCAGGUCGCCCCGCGCAGGGGGGGUGCGAAUUUUCGCUUUUGAACUACAAGCCGAAAUCCCAUGUGCGCGAGAGCUCCUCUCUUUUCCUUCACCAUUUAAUCUUAAGGAAGGAGUGCUCCAUAUAUAUAGGCUCCAAAAGUCUCUUUGAGUUUAGGUGUGGGAUAAGUUAACAAGCUUACUUUUCCCUUCCCUUGGAAGAGUACACUUUUUGCACUUACCCACUUCAAGAGCUAAUUUUGAGCCCAAUUCAAACCUUGUGGUCAAACUCUAAAACCAAAGGUCUACACUUUGUCAAAGCUUCAAAUAGUCAACCUUGAGAUAAAAAAAAAAAAAUUAAUUAAAAAAAAAAUCAAAAAAAAAAAAGUCAAAAAUCUCAAGGUUAAGACUAAUUUUUCUCAAAGUCAAAGCUACAUUUUCAAGAGCCACUAACCUGCAGAAAAACUUCAAUCAACCACACGUCAACGAUCAACAUUCAACAAUCAAUCAUGACUGCCCCAACCGCUGCUGAUAAAGUGACUGCCCUCUCUGUUAAAAACAAGAAUGCAGACAGCGCUGUAAGCACUUCUAAUCCUUUUGCUUAUACUUGCUCUAGAACUGACCCACACGAUAGAAUUAAGGAGCUUGAGGAAAAAUUUAAUACGGGAUUUAGUGUGUAUAACAGACAACGUAUCAAUUCAGAGAAAAUCAUCACUAAGCUCACUGCUGAGAAUAAAAGACUUAGCACUAGCGAGAACGAACUGACAGAGAAGCUUAGAACAACUGAGAAAGAGAGAAUUAGACUUUUUGGUGUCAAUAAUUUACUUAUGGAAAGAAGGGGUGCUCUUUACACUAAAAUUAAAGAACUCGAAGACCUGUUAGCCAAGAGGGACCAAACAGACCAGACUAUUUUCCUUAACCAGCCUAAGGACACUCGUUUCUAUAACGCCAAGGAGGGUCUGGGUUUGACCAAUCCUCAGAACCUGAAAAAGGUCAACUGUAGACAACUCUAUGAUGUUAGAUACAUGAAAAUAGGAUUGACCAAACUCAUGGCCUUCACUGGAGCUGAAGAAACGAAUGCCCUCGAGGACGAAAAGAGAAAGACAAAGGCUGGUGUCGAGGUUCCUUUUGACUACACAGAGUUGAACAAGAGUUACAAAACCAAAGAACCCCCGCUAACACCUGCUGAUGAAGUCAUAACUUAUGCUCCUGAAAAGGAAACUGUGCAAGAUGGAGAGGAACCUUCAACUUCAGAACCUGUAGUCAAACCAGCAUACAUUCCACCUCUUGUGAGAAAGUUUGCUGAGUUAAAAGAAUCUUUUGAAAAGGAGAAACAAGUUUUAGAAAAAGAAAAAGAUCAACUUUUGAAAGAGAUAUCCAUGUUAAAAACAUCCUCUCAGUCCAUCACAGUUUCUCAACCUUCUUCCCUCUCUUUCUCAGAAAAAUGUUUAGAAAAUUCAACCAACAGUUCUAAAACUUCUUCCACUCACUCUGAGCCUCCUUCUCAGACCGGAAACCAUGUGAAGAAGAGAGUUGAGAAGAGAGGAGAGUGGAUCGAGGAGAAGUUAAGAAGGAGGAAGAAAGAAGAAGAAUCUCAUCUAGGAAAUAAGAAUCGACGUUCGAGUGCUUUGUUUUACGUAAAGAAUAAGUCUAGAUCUGGCAUUAGUGAGCUUUCAACUAGUAAUACUAGAAGUGGUGUUCCUAGGAAUUUCCUAAGCGAAUCCUCGACUAGUAAUGCUAAAAGAGUGGCUCCUAAGUUUUCUAGUUCUAAGACAUCUGUCACGAAUCACUGUUCUAGUUGUGCUUCUCUGAAUUGCAUUAAAUCCAUGAAAUGUUGUUUUGAGUCUGAUCUCUCCUCCAACAAAGAUAAGAAUGUGAAUGUUCAGAGAUGCCCAAAGAAAUCAACUGCUGUGAAGGUGAACUUUGAGGGAGAGUACAAAUUGCCGUGUUUAAGGUAUCCCCUCAAGGUUCGCUCACUUAAACAUUUGAGAAGGCUCUCUCAGGAAACAAUUUUAAAAGAUCAUCUGUCUGAACAUUCACUCACUGUUAACGAAAUCUCUCUCGCUCCAAAGUUCAAACAACAAUGGGUUCCUAAGGCCAAAGCUGAGAAACUAAGAACGUCAAAUCCUUCUCAAUCAGCUGGCUUAGGUUCCAACAUCAAACAAAAAUUAAAACAGCUCUUCACCACUAAUAAGGAUGGACCCAUCUGGAGGUGGGUACCAAAACACACUUAAUCUGUUUUGCAGGUCCGUCAUGUGUGGUACCUGAUUCGAUUGCUCCACACACAUGGCGGAUAUGACAAGCUGUGAGCAAUCAACUGGUGCACAUUAUUAAGGGGAGUAUUGGCAUGUAUACUACCCCACUGAGCAGAAAAUCAACAAAUGCACACCUCAACACCAACACAUGCCAAGAAGAAACAACAAGUGCUUAUUCUGAGGGGGAGUGUUUAUUUUUCACUCCUCCUGGUGCCUUACAAGAAGAAAGCACAUAUCAAGGGGGAGUUUUCUACUUUACUCCCCCGGGUGACAAACAACACCUUGCACAUUCUGAAGGGGAGUUACAAUUUUCUCCUCCUGACGCAAAUCAAGGAUCAAUGCAAGACAACCCACGGACGUUAUGGCAGAACCAGUAGCAAUCAAGACAACUCAAGGAUGUCGUGGUGGUUGUUCUCAAAGGCCGCAAAAUCUAGAAGGUCCUAAACAAAAAUUGCCGAAGCAAGGGUGUAUCUCCAACAAUUCUGGGGAACACUCAACUAAGCAAGAGAUGCCUCUGGUGCGAGAAUUCUGAAACCCACCAUUGACAACACCAAGGUGACCAACACCAAAGAGUUCAUGCAUCAAAUGCUCCAAACACUAGAAUUGAUAAUGGGACGGAGUUCAAGAACAAUGAGUUAACUGGGUUCUACGAAGCUCAGGGAUUUACACAACAGUUCUCUGUAGCUGAAACACCAAAGCAAAAAGGUGUCGUAGAAUGAUUGAACAGGAUCUUGGUGGAAGCAGCCAGAACCAUGCUAAUACAGUCAAAAGCUUCCUCAUUUCAUGUGGGCUGAAGCUAUCAACACGGCUUGCUUCACACAGAACUGGACGGUGAUUCACAAAUGAUCCGACAAGAUGCCCUAUGAGAUUGUGUUCAAGGGUCUCCCUAACAUUGUCUUCAUCUGCGUCUUCGGCUACAAGUGCUACAUUAUGAACGACAGGGACGCUAGGGGGCAGCUUGAUCUGAAAGCAACUGAAGACAAAGAAGCUCAAUCAUCUUCUGAAGAAGGAAGACAGGGAGAUGAGACAAGAUCGAAUGAGCAAUGAUCAACUCCAACAAUUCAAAAACGCAAAUCCUCUGAGAAUGUCAGCACUCCAGCACUUCAAUAUCUGAAGAAGAUGCCAGAGGUAAGCACUAUACCUCUUCCUAUUCAUGUUCCUCUCCUGCUGUUAGCUGGCCUCAACGAUCCACACGUUAUAUGCUACAGCGAGGAGAACAACAUCACACUCCCUAUGGCUCAGAUAACCCCCCCCCCCUGAGCCUACCCCGGGGAGUCAGCCGAGAGUAAGUGAGGGUCCUGAGAGUUCAACCCGACCACAGAGACCAGUGGCAAGCCGGCCCCAUGAUGAUCAGACUACGUCUGCUGAGGGCCAACCCCAAGUUGCUGAGGAGAUUUCCCAUGAUUCGCCAAGCGUAGCCAGAACAAUAAACGCUGACGAUGAGGGCUCCGGUAGCAAGGCUAACAAGCGCAACAAGUCAACAAGGAUGAUGAGAUUAAUGAUGAUGCGGACGACAACGCUAAUCAAGCCAGGGAGCCUCCGGUACAAAAAUGCCGACUCAUUAUCAGGCUCCCCACGGAAACAGAAAUAGAGGCGUCUUACUCACGAACAAACAAAGAAGGAGAUAUCAUAAGUGAGACGCGCUCCAAGCAUCAAAAUGACAUACUUCCUCAUCAUUCACUCCUACACAGAGAAUACAAACCGCAAGCAGCCUGACCAAAGAAUUAGCCAUGUUUGACGAGUGUACAAACCUAGAUGUAGUAAACCGGACUGACCCCAUAGGAGCAGAAGCUGACUUUCUCAGUUUCCGAGUAGAAGACGCAGCAUCUAGUCCAACUGCGCAUGCACAAGCCACACCUAGCCACUCUGCUGCCUCCCAACAGGUAGUAGUUUCACAAAUAGGGGAUCUUAUACCCACCUCUCUGCCCCCUUACGGAGCAGUUAAGGAUGUACAUAGUGGUCUAUCACCCCGGGCCACUACCCCUUCUUCAAUCACAUUGAGUCUAGGUGUCACACUCCCUACAUUUUCAAAUUUGCUAGGACACAUACACUUUUCACACCACCACACUCUACAGGUCCACUUUCCCUGUCAACAACGAUCGGAGAUACUUCGAUGAUGAUCGGAAGUCCUGCCGCUCAACAGAUAACUCAAUUAUUAUCUGCAGGCCACACACCAGUAAACUUUACUGAUGUUGUGACAACGGUUACUACCCCUGUAACCGGACAACCCUAACCCUACCGACCUUGCAGUCAUUUAGCAGCGUUGCUUGGAUUCCACCAUUAAACCAUGGGUGCACGAAGCAAUAACCGCUCGGGCAUAGGAAUUCAGGACCACCCCGGCGCUUCUUAAUGACAUCAUCAAACCCUAACUCAACCCUCAUCCUCCCACUCCCAACAGCAACUCACCCCAAUCCUUAUCCUAUCCCAUUUACAAUGCCAUUCGAUGACCUAGCAUCCAUUAUGCUAGCGAGAAUUCUUGAAAACGAAGAAGCUCCACUUACUGACAAACAAAGAGCUCUUUUUGUAGUACCUGAAACUGAAAGCACAUGUCAUGACAGUCUCCGCGGUCACAAACAUUUGCAUGAGGACUCCAAUGAUUCGGCUCCUCAUGAGGGGGAGAAUAAGAGGCAACGGACACUUGAGCAUGUUGCGUCAACUAGCCAAUAACCACAACCUGAAUCCUCUAACAACCAACAACCCCAAUCAUCUAGCCAACCCAAAACCCAAAAACCAACCUAGAUUAAAUGCAAAAAUUCUCUCAAGGAUGCAAAUUUUAAGGGGGAGUUUUCAAAGUUCUCCUCCCAAGCGCCAAACAUCGUCAAAGGCAUCCUACUCAGUGCUCCAGUUGAGGGGGAGUACAGAGAGAGAAUAAAGAAACAUAUCAAUGAGAGAGAUGUCCUAAUGGCUUAGUAAACCCAACUAAGCCUACCCAAGGGACAAAGCCGAGAGUGAGUGAGUAACUGAGUGAAUAUUAUGAGAGUGAGGAAGCAGAAGGCUCCGAUGAGCAAGAAGACAAUAAUCAAUGACAAAUCUGCUACCUCAAAUGAGCUAUCAAUCGAGGAAUCAAUCCCAGUCACUCAAAUACUCCGGACAAUCCCCAUAGGUUCAGGACUGAAUUUAUUCAGAUCCCGGGUAGAAGUCGCUGCAUUUUGUCCAAACGGCGCGUGCACAACCCUACCCUAGACCACUCAUCUGUCUCCCAACAGACAGGUGUUUAAUCACUAUUCACGGGGAACCUCAUCUCUUAUCACCGUCUCCUUCUGAGGCGACUGAUAGUAACUACAGUGGCCCUCAGCCCCAUGCCAUUGAACUUUCAUUGAUCACGUCGUGUCUAGUUAUCUCACCCUAAAUGUUUAGAAUUUUCUAGGACACAGACACAUUUUUAGAGUCAGUUGCAGGUCCAAGUGACCAUGCGAGAACUUCCAUAGGGCUCAUCUAAUAUAGAUGUGGACCGAUGAUUGGAAGGAAGUCCUGAUGUUGCAACAUAGAAAUCACCAACAUUUUCAGGCCAUCAUUUAGAGUUCAUCUCUAUAGUGAUGAUAACGGGUGUCUACACGAUCCCGGGGGGCUACAAUUAUCCAUGCUGAUCCUAGUGAUCAUGCCAUAACAACCAGAGUGACAUCUACUUCAGAUGUUUCACAAUGAUUGGUUGGAAGUCCUGUUAGAGUUACAACGUUUCUAUCAUUAUAUACAGGCCACACAUCAAUGUUUACACUGAUGUUGUGUCAACGGAACACCACAGUGUCUCCGAUUCUUAUCUUUUCAUUUUUUUUGCAUUUUCAAUUUUCCAGAAUAAAAGAAUAAAGGCAAGACAUCUCGAUUCAUUGGAUUGUCAUAAAGGGGGAGAGUGGUCCACACGCUGUUUACUCUCAAAAAUCAUUCUCGGACACUUCUCUCCUCCAGCUCAAAAACAAUGGCUCUCUACUCUCUCAUGUUCAUCAACUGCCAAGUCAGCUUCAAAUCUAAAGGUCAUCCAUGCUCACAAGUCAACCAUCAUUUUCCGCUGUGCCACCGACAACUGUUCCUCAAAAGCAUUCAUGAUCAAACAGUCAGAAAAGGCUACAUUCUGGAGGAUACAGAGGUCGGAUGAUCAAAUAUUGAAGAUGAAUCCCUUGUGCACCUAGAUCUCUUCAGAACAUUCAUUCUAGAGGCGCCAUAUGACUUCAUUCAAGCUGAUCAAGAGCAGUUUCUGGAAAGCAAGGAUUAAAAGCAAGAUUUUGAAGAAUCCCUCAACUCCCGGCAUCAAAGAACAAAUUGAAUAAAUAACACCAAGGGGGAGAUUGUAAGGAUUUUUUCAUGAAGCCUUUCCAAGAAGAUAAAAGAAGUUGAGACCAAAGAAAGAAGAAAUUGAAAGAAUUUGACCGAAUGAAGGCGGUGCUAGACGCAAUCAACGCUCGACUCGAAAAGAGGAGAAUGCUCCGCCAAUAUGAACAUGCUCUAGCACUGCAAAGCAACUACUACAAGAGGCAGAAGGAUCCACAAGAGCUGACAAAGAACAUCUGAUCACAAAGGGGGAGAUUGUUAGAGAUAUUUUCAUGUAUUGUGAUCAAUGUUUUAUCUAGCCUCUUGGUAGUAUUUAUUGUGUAUUUAAUAGGCCUUAAAUGGAAAAGGCUACUAAGCUAAAUUAGGAAUGGGCCUCCUAAAAAGGAGAGCCCAUAUGAUUGUAAAACCUACCAUUCUAAGGAGGCUAUAAAUAGACCCCUUAGGAAUGGCUAGGUUAAGCUUUCCUCCCUCAGAAAUAUUCCCUGCGCAUAGAAUAGAGCCUACGGAAGUUUUACGCUACAUGUUCUUCAUCUUUAUGUAAACUUUCUGGCUAUCAAUGGAAAGCUUCUUCUACUCCU